CAUGGCUCAAAUUCUCUACCUAUACGGACUGAUGAUGGGUUACGUUUGUCUAUUCUGCAGACUUGGGACGGAACUCACGCUACAGGCAGAAAGGGUGAGAGACGCUGCCUGGGGGUGUGACUGGGUGGGAACUCCUGUCCCAUUUCAGCGUUGUUUGGCCUUCAUCAUUGCCACAGCCAACAAGGAGUUCACACUCACAGCCGGGAAAUUUGUUCCCGUGUCCAACUCCACCAUGAUGAGUAUAAUGAAAGAAUCCAUCUCCCUCUUCAUGUUUCUACUAACCAUGAAGGACAAGAGUGAAGAUACUGUCACGGAGUAGCCUACUCACCAUGAAGAACAAGAGUGAAGAGACUGUCACGGAGUAGCCUACUCAGCAACAGAAACUGGAAACUGUGUCUGCUCCGCACUGCAGUAUUUAUUGUGUUUUGUCCCCUAAUACUGAUUUACAAAUUCCACUCUGGCACAACGAAUUGCAUAAUGCUUCAGGAAAAGUAUUAUUUUUGACAAAGUAUAAAAAGCAGACCACCACUCUAAGUAACUACUCGGAUCUGAGGUCACAAUUAAGAAAAUUUUGCGCCCAAAUUUAAAUGCUCAUUUAUGUCAAACUACGCUUAACGGAAAGAGGACAAACAUGCAAUAAAUCUGUUCCUCAACUUAAAUUUCAUUACUAAGUGCAAUACAGUAUAAACAAUGGCACUUUCUUUUCACAAUAGAGAAAGCAUAGGACAACUUGAUACUCUGAGGUUUAGAGAACGAUAUUUACUGCAAUACAAGUGUAAAAUAUCUGUAUUAACUUUGUAACAACACAGUACCCAGCAUAUAUGUCACAUAGCAAAUUUCUAUCUUACUCUGUUAUACAAAUGUUUUGUUCAAAUUUCCGUCCC